ACAUCCCAUUAAGAAAAUGUGAAGUGGCAUAUAAUCACAUCACAGAUGCAUUCACUUCACAGCGGUGAAGUCAAUAUCAUCGCACUCAUCUGUCAGGAAGAAGAAAUGGGCAAGAUAAAAGCUGUUAUAUUCCUUCUGGUCUUUGCAGGCAACGCGACUUCGCCUCCAGUCAACGUGACAGCGACCACGACCAGCGCCACCUCGCCUCCGGUCAGCGUGACAGUGACCACACCCAACACCACCGCGCUACCAGUCAACACGACCUCGCAUCCGGUCAACGUGACAUCAACCACGGCCAACGCCACCGCGCUACCAGGCAACACGACCUUGCCUCCGGUCAGCAUGACAGCGACCACGGCCAACGCGACCUCACCUCCGGUCAGCGUGACAGCGACCACAGCCAACACCACCGCGCUACCAGGCAACACGACCUCGCCUCCGUCAACCGACCACGGCCAAUGCCACCUGCUACCAGGCAACACAACCUCGCCUCCGGUCAACGUGACAGCGACCACGGCCAACGCGACCUCACCUCCGGUCAGCGUGACAGCGACCACGGCCAAUGCCACCAUGCUACCAGGGCAACCACAACUCACCUCCGGUUCAACAUGA